AUGACCAACUUCAACAUCAAGAUCAUCUCGGACAACGUCUGCCCCUGGGCCCCUCAGUGCUACGUCCGCAAGCGCCGCCUCGACAAGGCCAUCGCCCUCUACCAGAAGACGGUCCCCGCCGGCAAGGACGACACCUUCACCCUCUUCGAGGAAGACCGCGACAUUUCGAGCAAGGACAUGCUCGUGCAGGCCGCCGUCAAGGGCGGGCUCGAGGCCGGCGAGGUCAGGGCCUGGCUCGAGAGCGACCAGGGCGGCGCCCAGGUCGACCGCGAGGUCCAGGAGGCGUAUGCCCUCGGCGUCAGCGGCGUGCCGCACUUUGUCGUCGACGGGCAGCAGCUCGGCGGCGCGCAGGAUGUCGAGGCGUUCGUCGAGGCGUUUGCCAACAUUAAGGAGAAGAGGGCGUAG